AUGGCGAAAGACCCAGCCGAAGCGCGCAUCUACCCUUUUAACAGGCUACGGCCGGGCGAGAGCGCAUUAGAAGUGGUAACCGAUCUAUGGUGUAAAAGCAUCAAUCUCUUUUUCUUUCUCUCUUUUUCUUCCUCUGUGUUUCUAUUUCUCUUUCUCUCUCUCUCUCUCUCUCUCUCUCUCUCUUACUUUAUUCUAUCUUUCCUUCGUCGAUUUUUUUCUUUUUCUCCUGCUUUCUCCCUCCUUUUUAUUGUCUGUCUCUUACUCUCCCAUUUAUCUUUCCCCUUCAUACUCACCUUCCCCUCUAUUCUUACCCCACAUUGGUUUUCUCUCUUUUCUCCACGUUUACUAUCUUCGUUUCUCUUUCUUUCUCUUGUUGUUUUAUUCUCUCUUUGUCUUAAACUUUCUAUCACUUGCUCUAACUCUUCUCCAUCUUACUCCUUCAUCUUUCUCUCUUUUUUUCUUAGUUUGUUUUAUUCUUUCUGUCCCUCUUAUUUUCGCUCUCUCUCUUUCUCUCACAUUUGCUUUCUUUUCUUCCUUCCGCACUGUACCUUUCUCACUCACUUCCUCUCUAUCUUACGUGUUUCAUUCUCUCUUUCGUUAUACGUUCUUUUUUCUUCGAAUAUUUCUUUAUGUCUCUUCCUAUAUCUCUUUUUUUAUCUGUGGUCUAAUUUCUCUCUUCUUCUUCUUCUUCUUCUUCUUUCUCUUACUUUUUCUUUCUUUCUUAUCAUUAACUUGCACACUUGUAUCGCUUUCUCUCACUCCCUCUUUCUCUUGAUUUAUCCUACUCGUAUUCAUUCUUUUUUUUUUCUUCUCGUCUCACUCUCGAUCUCUUCUUCUUUCUCUAUUCUUUUCCCUAUCUAUCUCUCCCCCCACUCUCUCUCUCUAUCUCAUUCACUUUGA